CGGGGUCGUCUAAGCUGCCGCGCUGGCAUUUUCUCCUGGAGAAGGAAAGAGUACGGCUGCUGAGAGCCCAGCCCAGCAAUCCCGGUCCUCUGAGUCCUGAAGAAGGGAGGCAACGAGGGGGUUGGGGUUGGGGCCUGAGGCAAGGCUCUGCUCUAGCCAGAGAGACCGGAGCCAUGGCUCAGAAAAUGGACUGUGGUGCGGGCCUCCUCGGCUUCCAGGCUGAGACCUCAGUAGAAGACAGCACCUUACUUAUGCAGACCUUGAUGGAAGCGAUCCAGAUCUCAGAAGCUCAACCUACCAGCCAGGCCACAGCAGCAGCUGCCAGUGGGCAGAAUGCUAGUCCCCAGUGUUCACAGCUCCCAACUGCCAGUGAGAUGGCUGAUGUUCAGGUUUCAGCAGCUGCUGCAAGGCCUAAAACAGCUUUUAAAACCCAGAAUGCCACCACAAAAGUCCCAGACGGUGUCCACAGUCUCUCUCAGGCACAUGAUGCCACGGAGAUAUCCAGUACCCAACCUAAGGCAGCCUUUAAGCCCCAGAAUGCCACUCCAAAGGGCCCAAAUGCUGCCUAUGAUUUUUGCCAGGCAGCAGCCACAGGUGAAUUGGCUACUAGUAAGUCUGAGGUGGCCUUAUCUGAAGGCCAGGAUGUCACUACUAAGGUGGGCCCAAAUGCUACCAGUAGUUUCUCUCGGUCUCCCUGUGCCAAUGAGAUGGCCACUAACCAGCCUAAAACUGCCUUCAAGGCUUGGAAUGAUACCACUAAGGCCCCUACAGCUGAUACCCAGACCCAUAGCCAGAAUAUAAACCAGGCCAAAUCGGCCACUUCCCAGGCAGACACAGAGACCAACCCAAGUAUCUUUGAACCUGACGGUGCAGCUGCGCAGACAUCAGCAGAUGGUUCCCUGGCUCAGAAUUUGGAGUCCCGGACUAUCAUUCGGGGCAAGAGGACCCGCAAGAUUAAUAACUUGAAUGUGGAAGAGAACAGCAGUAGUGAUCAGAGGCGGGCUCCACUGGCUGCUGGGACCUGGAGGUCUGCACCAGUUCCAAUGACCACUCAGAACCCACCUGGUGCACCCCCUAAUGUGCUCUGGCAGACCCCAUUGGCUUGGCAGAACCCAUCUGGCUGGCAAAACCAGGCAGCCAGGCAGACCCCACCAACACGUCAGAACCCCCCAGCUAGGCAGACCCCACCAUCCUGGCAGAACCCAAUUGCCUGGCAGAACCCAGUGAUCUGGCCAAACCCAGUAAUCUGGCAGAAUCCAGUGAUCUGGCCAAACCCCAUUGUCUGGCCUGGUCCAGUUGUCUGGCCAAAUCCGAUGGCUUGGCAGAAUCCACCUGGAUGGCAUACUCCACCUGGAUGGCAGAAUACACCGGGCUGGCACGGCCCUCCAGACUGGCAUGGCCCUUCUGAUUGGCCAUUACCUCCUGAUUGGCCACUGCCCCCUGAUUGGCCAUUUCCCACCGACUGGCCACUUCCACCUGACUGGAUCCCUGCAGAUUGGCCAAUUCCACCUGACUGGCAGAACUUACGACCCUCGCCAAACCUGCGACACUCCCCCAAUUCGCGUGCCUCACAGAACCUGGCUGCCCCACAACCCCGAGAUGUGGCCCUUCUCCAGGAAAGAGCAAAUAAGUUAGUCAAGUACCUGAUGCUUAAAGACUACACAAAGGUGCCCAUCAAGCGCUCAGAAAUGCUGAGGGAUAUCAUCCGAGAAUACACUGAUGUUUAUCCAGAAAUCAUUGAACGUGCAUGCUUUGUCCUGGAGAAGAAAUUUGGGAUACAACUGAAAGAAAUUGACAAGGAAGAACACCUAUACAUUCUCAUCAGUACCCCUGAGUCCCUGGCUGGCAUACUGGGAACGACCAAAGACACACCCAAGCUGGGGCUCCUCUUAGUGAUUCUGGGUGUCAUCUUCAUGAAUGGCAACCGUGCCAGUGAGGCUGUCCUCUGGGAGGCACUACGCAAGAUGGGACUGCGUCCUGGGGUGAGACAUCCUCUCCUUGGAGAUCUGAGAAAACUUCUUACUUACGAGUUUGUAAAGCAGAAAUACCUGGACUACAGACGAGUACCCAAUAGCAACCCUCCUGAGUACGAGUUCCUCUGGGGCCUCCGUUCCUACCAUGAGACUAGCAAGAUGAAAGUGUUGAGAUUCAUUGCAGAGGUUCAAAAGAGAGACCCUCGUGAUUGGACUGCACAGUUCAUGGAGGCUGCAGAUGAGGCCUUGGAUGCUCUGGAUGCUGCUUCAGCUGAGGCUGAAGCCCGAGCUGAAGCAAGAACCCGCAUGGGCAUUGGAGAUGAGGCUGUAUCUGGGCCCUGGAGCUGGGAUGACAUCGAGUUUGAGUUGCUGACCUGGGAUGAAGAAGGAGAUUUUGGAGAUCCCUGGUCCAGAAUCCCAUUUACUUUCUGGGCCAGAUACCACCAGAAUGCCCGCUCCAGAUUUCCUCAGACCUUCGCUGGUCCCAUUAUUGGUCCUGGUGGUACAACCAGUGCCAACUUUACUGCCAACUUCGGUGCCAUCGGUUUCUUCUGGGUUGAGUGAAAAGUUGGAUAUUGCUCAUCACUUGCAAUAGCCCUUCCCCGAGUGAGGCAGAAGCCUCAGAUUCCUUCUAAAUACAGCUAUCUAGAGAGCCACAUCCUGUUGACUGAAAGUGGCAUGCAAGAUAAAUAUAUUUGCUGUUAACUGUCUGUUGCUUUUCUUUUUCCUCGUGUGCUGUCAAGUUUUGGUAUCAGAAAUAAACAUUGAAACUGCAAGGUGAAUU